UGUAUUUUUCUUGGUGUUUAAAUGAACUUGAACAGGAUUAAUAUGCAGAUUCUAUUAUUGAUAAAGUAUAUUUUAAGUAUAGAUGAUACUGGGUUGAAUGAUUUUUGGUUGUGAGUUUUUGGGGAUGGUUAAAUUUUGGAUCCAUUGUAUAGAAAGACUGUUUCUGGACUGAAUCAGAUUUUCAAAUACUCUUUGGGUUCUAGUACCAUGGGAUCUUACAUGAACUUCAAUAACAUUGCUGACACGCCACAGCUGGAGAGCAACGGGGGGGAGUCAAUGGGUAAUGGUGAUUUCCCUUUGGCUAGGCAAUCUUCCAUAUACUCGUUGACGUUUGAUGAGCUUCAAACUACAUUUAGUGGACUUGGAAAAGAUUUUGGAUCAAUAAAUAUGGAGGAACUGUUAAAAAGCAUUUGGACAGCUGAAGAGUCUCAAGCUGUGACAUCUUCUACUGGUGGAGGAGGAGAUGGGAAUGCACCUGUAGGAAAUCUACAGAGGCAAGGUUCUUUGACAUUACCUAGGACACUUAGUCAGAAAACUGUUGAUGAAGUAUGGAGAGACUUUCAGAAAGAAACUACUAUUAGUACCAAAGAUGGAAGUGACACUGGGAAAUCGAACUUUGGGCAGAGGCAAUCUACCUUGGGAGAAAUGACAUUGGAGGAGUUUUUGGUGAAAGCAGGUGUAGUUAGAGAAGAUAUGCAAUCUACUUCAAACUCAAAUGGUAUUACAUUUAACAAUGGUUUAAGUCAACAGAAUAACAACAAUGGUUUGAACAUAGCAUUUCAGCAACCAACUCAAAACACUGGACUGUUGAUUAAUCAAAUUGCAGCCAAUAACAUGUUGAAUGUGGUUGGUGCCACGGCCUCACAGCAACAACCACCUCAGCAGCAACAGCCUCUUUUCCCCAAGCAAACAACAGUGGCAUUUGCAUCUCCUAUGCAAUUAUCGAACAAUGGUCACCUGGCUAGCCCUCGUACAAGGGCUCCUGCUGUUGGAAUGUCCAGUCCUUCUGUAAAUACUAAUAUGGCUCAAGGAGGAGUUAUGGGGAUGGCAGGUUUUCAUAACGGAGUUUCGCCAGCAAAAGGAGGAUCCCCUGGAAGCGACUUUGUUGCUAGGAGCAAUGUGGAUACAUCGUCUCUUUCACCUUCCCCUUAUGCAUUUAGUGAAGGUGGAAGGGGCAGGAGAUCCAGUAGUUCUUUGGAAAAAGUUGUGGAGCGAAGGCGUAGGAGGAUGAUUAAGAACAGAGAAUCUGCAGCUAGAUCAAGGGCUCGGAAGCAGGCCUAUACUUUAGAGUUGGAAGCUGAAGUUGCAAAGCUUAAAGAGAUUAAUGAAGAGUUGCGGAAGAAACAGGCUGAAAUUAUUGAGAAGCAGAAAGAUCAGCUAAUGGAUAAAAGGAAUAUGCCAUGUGGAUAUAAAUUAAGAUGCUUGAGGAGGACACUGACAGGACCUUGGUAGAAGAACGAGGAGUUGAAGCAAAAAUUGCUGAGUACAAGCUUAGGAAUAGUUAGGUGGAUGGAAUUGUUACUUAUGAUCUGAUUCAGAUCUACCUUCUUCACAUGUGUGGUAAAUUUGUGUGUGGGAAUUAGAUGGUGUCCAUUUAUGUACAUUAUAAACGAUUUGCUUGUAUGAAUUUCCUCUUAUGUGCACUUUUAAUUUGCUUCACACA